UGAGGCUGCAGAGGAAUGAAAGACAUGCGUCAGCACAGUGCAAAUGACGACAAGCUAAUACUUGGUACAAUUAGGGCCCGACUGAUGCGGGACAGUCCCAGCAGACUUUAAAAAUCACACUGACUUUUUUUAAAAUAAAAGAGGCACAAGCGCAGACACUGCAGAGCAUUGCUUUGCUCUCUGUGCAAGAGUGCAAGAUUCCAUUAUGUUCAAAUGGUGGUUAGUGUACCCUGGUUUCACUUGAGCUUGCACAAAUCUGACAGUGCGUUCAAAAGGAGAUGCACAUUUUUGUCUCACACUUUGUGUGCUACAGAGCUCGGUGUUGACUGACUCCAGCAGUGAGCAAUUGAGAACUCUGGAGGUAAUUCACAAAACUGAAGAGACCUUUUUUAACCCUCCAGUAUGCUUUUUAGAUUCUGGUUAAUUCAUUUAUUUUAGAAACUUGGCAGGAUACAGACAGACACGUACAGCAGGAAUCAAUAGCAAACAUUAAUAUACAUACAAAAACAACAGAAACACACACAUUAGAGAACAAGUUGAAAAGUGCCUGGAAGUAGCACAAAGAAAGAGACUGUAUGUACUUAGACUAGUGUGAAAAAGGUGACACCGAAGCUUCACCAUGUAGUCACACAGGACUAGUACUGCAGGUCAGAGGCAGGUAAGAAAAUAUUUGCCGAGUGCCGUGAUAGCUGCUGCUAAAUUACAACGGCUAGUUUAUUAAGGAGAAGGACAUUAAGCCAACCGCGUUCACUGGCAGACUUGUAAAAACUGCUUAAUCAAAAUUGUUAUGACAUUUUACUUAAUAUCUAAUUCACUGGACAAAUAGUGCGGCGACUCGCCACGACCCAAAGCUUUCUGCGAGGAAAACUAAUCAGCUGAUGUCAGCGGCUGAUGAGCAGCGAGGACGGUAUUGCGUGGCAUGUUUUCCAUCACGGGUUCUGUGUCAGUGGUAAUAAAACUGCUUCCCAUCACAGUUUCACAUAUUUGUUCUUUUAUAAUAGUAAAUCCAAGUUGCUAAUUUUUUUUAAAAGACAACAAAUGAAAUGAUGGGUUUCAGAGAUGUAGAUGCUAAUUGGAAAUAAAAUUUGCUUAAAAUGUUAUCAAAUGUUUGUUAAAUGCAGUAUUCCUCUCAGGUACAUUCAUCUUACUGUCCCUUUUUGUGACAGUAAGAAGACAUGCACAACCAUAGUGAGUGUGAAAAGUGGUGGGCUCACUUCCUGUCUUCUUAUUCUUUGCAAAUUUUGUAGGGGGGGUGGAGAGAGAGAGUACGAGAGAGACAGCAAGAGAGAGAGAGAGGGGGCCGAGUACGAGAGAGACAGCGAGAGAGAGACAGCGAGAGAGAGAGAGAGAGGGGGCCGUCUCACAUCUAUGAGAGAGGAGAGGCUAUGAAAGAGCUUUCCAGUAAAGACUGAAGACAAGCUGAGCAGAGCAGAAGCGGUGACACAGACAAGCCUGCAGGAUAAAUUACUUCAGAGGUGAAAAUGGCAAAAAGGCGGUGCUCAGCCAGGACUAGUUUCUUUUAACAUAAAACAGUUAAACUCACCUUUAUUCAUUUAACAAAAGCUUUAAGAGACUGAUAAUGGAGCAGCAUUAGAUGGACGGAGGAAAAUACAUGCAGGACUACUGUGAGCUCACACUCCUACACAUUCACAGCUGUGUUGGAUCUCCUAUGGAAGGAUUAUUGAUGGUCCUGAUGUUUAAAACUUCUGAGCCACAAUGAAUACGACUUUCAGGCCGGUACUCCCAACCUCUGCAGUGUUCGACACCUCUCUCCCUAUAUCCACGUCAUCCCUCCCAGGCUACAUGCCACCGUCUUCUCUUUCUCCUUUCUCCACCUCAAACUACACAGCUGUCACUUCAACCCCGAUGCCUUGCUCAUUUAAUAAUGAAAGCCUCCGUAUUCUGCAGGCGGUGGUCUAUUCUCUUUUCUUCAUCUUUGGACUCGUGGGUAACCUCUUUGCUUUGUGGGUCUUCCUGUUCCUGCAUUCGGGCCGAAACUCAGUGCGGGUGUUCCUCAUCAACUGUGCAGUGGCUGAUCUGGUCUUCCUGGCAUGCCUGCCCUUCAGGGUCUUCUUCCAUAUUAAUGGAAACAAAUGGGUACUGGGACCUGUGGCCUGCAAGAUGGUGGGAAACCUAUUUUACAUGAACAUGUACAUGAGCAUAUUUCUACUUGGAUUCAUCAGCCUGGACAGGUACUUGAGGCUGAAGGGGAAGGGCAGAGCACGGAGAGGCCUAAGGCUGAGGCUGUGGGGACAAAGCAAGCCGUGGAGCUGGGUGGCAUGUGGAGUUCUGUGGAUUGCAUUCCUGGUGGGUACGAUUCCCAUGAUUGCCGCACCAGAGGAUAAGGAACACAGCGAUAAGUGCUUCCAGUACAAAUUGCGACAAAAAGCCUACUGGAAAGCCUACAUCAACGCAGGGCUGGUGGCGAUGUUCUGGUUCAUCUUCAUCAUCCUCGUGGUUUCCUAUGCCAAGAUUGCCUCACGGCUGCAGCAGGUGUCACGGGACAAGCCGGACCUACCUAACGCACAGAGAUACAGGAGAACCGCAAAGAAGUCCUUCUUUGUCCUCUUUCUCUUCACCAUCUGCUUCGGGCCCUACCACGCCUUUCGCCCCUUCUACAUCUCCUCCCAGUUGAGCUCAAGCCUAUCCUGUAAUUACAUGCAAAUCAUGGACUGGACCAAUGAGGUGAUGUUGUUAUUCUCAGCCUUUAACAGUUGCUUGGAUCCUGUCAUGUACUUUCUGUUAUCGGGCUCGGUGCGCAAAGCUGCCCUCCAAGCACUCGGACGCAGACUCGGCCACCGGCUUCUCUUCCUGAAUGACGUGACAUCCAACAGCUCCACCAUGGAUUUCAGACGGCCGUCUGUCCCUGUGGUUGUACCCAACCUCGGUGUAAACACUCAGUCACUCACCCCCAGAACCAGUAUGUGUGUCAUCAACUCUAACCUCCGCUGCACAAGAGUGACUACGCUUCCACCUACUGGCCAACAGUGAUCACAGGAGGAAAAAAAAAAUCGGAGUAAAGCAUUUCCAUUGACGGCUUCGGUUCUAACAAAUUAUGCCCCCGUACAUGAACCACUGUCAGAGAUGGAUUUUGAACCAAUUUCCAUUAUUGGUUAAAGACAACAGAUUUAUGUCUGAAGACGUACUACAGCAUCAGCCAUGUCUUUAAAAAUUUACAUUUACAAGACUAAUGAUGAUAUGAAAUGUGUGUGAGUGAAUAUCAAGAAUUUUCAGUAUUAAAAAAAAGUUUUAUGGAGAAAAAAUAA